UGUAUCUGCAUGACUCGGCCUUCAGGCCUAGCAGAUUCAGACCGACAAAAAUAUGUACGUAUUUAAAAGAAAACUGCGUAUUAGCUGACGAUUACUAUCAUGCUGAGAAGUAAUUAAUUUACUUUUGGUCCCAACCAUAAAUUAAACGACAGGCAUCGUCAUUCAAUCAAUAAUUUCUUCUUCCUCUGUCACUCUCACUAAUUGUGAAUUCUCUGCAGGCCAUCUGGGCAGAUAUAGCAGCCAGCUAGGUCGCGAUCAUGGCUCCUAGAAUUCCCUUCUUCAGCUCUUCUUUUGUGCAUCGUCGCCUUAAAGAUUCAGGCCCGAGCUUGUUUUUCUUCGUUCCAACAUGCUUAGCUUUUACAACUUGUGUUUUUAUUUUCUUUUACAUAAGUUCUACGUCAAAUAUACUGAGUAUCCACCUAAACGAAACUCAUCUGCACGUCAGGCCUCCAAUACAACUCUCCUCUAUUUCUUCACCCCCAAGCACUUCCUCCUCCCGGCCGGUUACGAUCAAGAUUCCACAUCAACAAGGGCAGCCGCUCGAUGCUCCUAGACUCCACUUUUUGGAGCCGGCCCAAGUGCUACUUGGUGAUGAGACGACGUCCUAUAUGUUAGUCAACGACAGUGAUUCACAAGAAGCCGCCAAUACUAGCCUUCCAGCUGAUGAUCAGUUGGCCAAAGCAACUGAAGCUUCAUCUUUGUCUGCGAAUGACGAGGAUGAAGCUCCUGAUCAGGAGGAUCAAAAUGAUCCGUUGCCUGAGCCUGAGGAGAUACGUCAACAAGGAAGACAUGAAGGAAAUAACGUGGAUGGAUUCGACGUAUUCCAUGACAAAGCUCUCUUCCAGCAAGAAUACAAAGAAAUGAACAAAAGCUUGAAGAUUUUUGUUUACCCUCACAAGCGAAACGAUCCUUUUGCAAACGUGCUGCUACCGGUAAAUGACGAACCGGGAGGCAACUAUGCUAGUGAAAGUUACUUCAAGAAGGCCUUAUUCAAGAGCCAUUUUAUCACGGAAAAUCCUUUGGAAGCUGAUCUGUUUUACCUCCCAUUUUCCAUUGCAAGUCUGAGGCAUGACAAGAGAGUUGGCGUGGGUGGAAUACAGGGUUUUGUCAGAGAUUAUAUUCGAGAUAUCAGCAAGAACUACCCAUAUUGGAAUAGAACAGGCGGGGCUGAUCAUUUUUACGUGGCAUGCCAUUCUGUUGGGAGAUCUGCAAUGGAGAAGGCAACUGAAGUUAAAUUGAAUGCCAUACAAGUCGUGUGCUCCUCUAGCUACUUCCUUCCUGGUUAUGUUGCUCACAAAGAUGCAUCCGUACCCCAGAUUUGGCCUAGGAAAGGAAACCCCCCUAUUCGACCACCGUCAAAAAGGGAAAAACUUGCCUUUUUUGCCGGAGCAAUGAACUCCCGGGUACGCGAGUUCCUAGUGCAAGUGUGGAAAAACGACGCCGAAAUCUCAGUCCACCGAAGCAGGCUAAAAACGCCGUACUCAGAAGCACUUCUGGGGAGCAAAUUCUGCAUCCAUGCAAAAGGCUUCGAAGUCAAUACAGCUCGAAUUGGUGAUGCUCUAUAUUACGGUUGUGUCCCUGUUAUCUUGGCCGAUCACUAUGAUCUCCCAUUUGCGGAUAUAAUAAACUGGAACAGCUUUUCAGUGGUCAUGUCCACCGUGGAUAUCCCAAUUCUGAAGAAAGUACUUCUGCAAGAAAUAAACUCCAGUAAUUACUUGAAGUUACAAAGCAGCGUAAUGGAAGUGCAGAAACACUUCCAAUGGCAUGAUGUCCCCGUUGACUAUGAUGCAUUCCACAUGGUCAUGUUUGAGUUAUGGCUGCGCAGGAGUCAUCUGAGUCUUGCAAUUAAUUAGUGGCUAGCUGUAAGUCUAGUUAGUGAUCGUAGAAUUGAGAGUUUUAUCUUUACUUUUACAGUCAGAGUAAACUAGGGUUUUUGCGUAUUUUGGGAGCGUGUUUAAUUGGUGAGGUGUGUGUACUAAAUUUGGUGGGUUUUAGAUAAGAGGAAGUGUGUGAUUAGAAGUGCUAUUAAUAAGCUAGCGAAUCAUAAGUUAAAACACAAGUACGAGCGGGUCACACAUACACCACCGUAGUUAUACUAGCAGUUGAUUGAGGAGGAUAAAAUUGUUCUUCGAUGGGGGAGUUCGCUACUUCUUUUCAUGUAUAGUACAGAAAUACAAGCUGUAUAUUCAUCCAUUUGUUUUAAAUAAUGCAAGUUAAUUAUUGAUGAAACAA